AUGACAGGCAAGAAGAACAUUCUGCUCAUGGUCGCCGACGACCUUGGCCGCGACGUCGUAGGGUGUUAUGGGAAUCGCGCCGUGAGUACGCCCAACUUGGAUAUACUCGCAGCCUCUGGUAGUAGAUUCGAUUUUGCAUAUGCCUCUACGGCGUCUUGCAGCGGGAGCCGGACUACGCUGUACACAGGCCUGCAUACACAUAACAACGGCAGCUAUGGCCUCACGCACGACAAAAACGGAUUCCAGACUCACCCCGAUAUCGAGACAAUGCCGCACGUCUUCAACGAGCUGGGCUACAAGACCGGCAUCAUUGGAAAGGUCCAUGUCGCCCCUGAUGCGCAGUACCCGUGGCGAGUGCGAGAAGAAAGCGGAACCCGCAAUGUGGCCCAUAUUGCCCAUCGCACACGGGCGUUUUUCAAAGAAGCACUGGACCACAACGAGCCUUUCUUCCUGACUGUCGGCUUCGUGGAUCCGCAUCGAGAUAUCCCGCACCGUGGGGGCUUUGGCAACAACCGCAUACACGACGAGCGGAUCCCUGAGCGCCGCUUUGCUCCAGACGAAGUGCUGGUCCCGAGCUGGACAAGUGAUCUCCCGCUCGUCAGGCAAGAGCUCGCAGAGUACUACCAGGCUAUCCACCGCAUGGACUGGGGCAUUGGCGCCAUUCUGCAGCAUCUGGAUGCCCUGGGCCUUGCCGAGAGCACCAUGGUAAUGUUUCUGAGCGACAACGGGCCGCCGUUUAUCAAUUCCAAAACAACGCUGUAUGAAACGGGUGUGCGGCUGCCUCUGCUCGUGCGAAUACCCGGGUUGAACUCUGGAAUCGCCAAUUCGCACAUGGUGAGCUGGGUAGACAUUCUGCCCACGUUCCUCGACUGGGCUGGCCACAAGGGGCGCCAGCCCGCAGAAGGAUUCUUUGGCCCGCGACGAGGCCGCUCGUUUCUCUCUGUCGUCGAUGUGGCUGAGCCUCCGGCGCAGGAUACGCAGUGGAGCCGCGUGUUUGGAUCGCAUACUUUCCACGAAGUGACAAAUUACUGGCCUACGCGGUACAUGCGCGACCGCCGCUACAAGUACCAUCGCAAUGUCUGCUGGCGGCUUGACUUCCCGUUUGCCAUGGAUCUAUACGCCUCUCUUUCCUUCGAGGCUAUGCGCAACUCUGGCGAUGCGCAAACAGGGAAGCCCGCUAUGGUCGGGCAGCGCAAGCUCAAGGACUACAUCUUCCGGCCGCCCGAGGAACUGUACGACCUGGACACUGACCCAGCUGAAGUACGGAACCUAGCCAGCGACCCAGCGCACAAGGACAAGCUGUUGGAGAUGCGGGCUGCGCUUGAGCAGUGGCAGAAUGACACGCAGGACUUGUGGCUGUGGAAAGACGGUACGAGCAUCUGGCGGUAUCGCAUGCAUGGCUAUCAUCGCGAUGGCCUGCAGAUCCCAGAUCGCUUUGAUUUCGAUGCUGAUAACCCCGGCAAUCUCGAUCCUGCGGCGAGCUAUGUCGAGUUGGAUCCUGGAAAGGUACUGCUGACACCCGUCGGAGGGAUAUGA